AUGAUUCGUGCCGCUCAACGGCUCACACUGUUAUCUUCGAGAUCGGCUACUACCCUUCAAAGGGAUCCGAGAUUCGCGAAACUUGAGGAAACUGAUAUCAAGGCAUUUGAAUCAUGCCUUGGCAAGGAUUCUGUUCUUACUUCUGAUAUCGAAACGUACACGUCAGAUUGGACAAAACAAUUUGGCGGUAAAGGAAGCAUAGUUUUGCUGCCUCGAAGUACAGAGGAGGUCUCAAAAAUUUUAAAAUAUUGCUCGCAGAGGAAGUUAGCCGUUGUUCCGCAGUCGGGAAACACUGGUCUUGUGGGAGGAUCGGUGCCAAUUUUUGAUGAGAUUGUUGUGUCCAUCAAUCGAAUUAAUCAGCAAUACGAGUUUGAUGCGACUUCUGGAGUAUUGAAGUGUGAUGCGGGGCACAUUCUGCAAGAGCUCGAUGAAAGAUUGGCACCGACUGGACAUAUGAUGCCUUUUGACCUCGGAGCAAAAGGAAGCUGCCGAAUCGGAGGAAAUAUUGCGACAUGUGCUGGUGGAAUCAGACUGUUGAGAUAUGGAAGCUUGCAUGCUCAUCUUCUAGGUCUCACAGCGGUUCUUCCUGACGAGAAUGGAACUAUUUUGAACCUUGGUUCAGCAAUUCGCAAGGAUAAUACAUCAUUCCAUUCGCCGCAUCUUUUUUUGGGAAGUGAAGGAAAACUCGGAAUUGUCACCAAUGUUACGAUGACUGUUGCGUCAAAGCCAUUGAGUGUUCAAACUGCGAUGUUGGGAAUUGAAAGCUUCGAAAAUUGCAAGAAGACGUUACUAUUGGCAAAAUCGCGAUUAUCCGAAAUCCUUUCGUCGUUCGAAUUCAUGGAUGAAGCAACAAUUGAGUGUCUCGAAGAGAAUAGCCAACUGAAGCGCGUACUCGAAUCAAAAACGCCAUUCACAAUUCUAAUUGAGACGUCGGGAUCGAACGAGGAUCAUGAUCAGGAGAAAGUCAGCAAAUUUUUGGAAGAAUGCAUGGAAACCGGACUUGUUGUUGAUGGCUCGGUGGCUGGAUCGGCGGGCGAAGCAGCUCAUAUGUGGAGUUUGCGCGAGCAUGCUCCAGUUGCAGUGAUGAGAGAUGGAUACGUGUUCAAACAUGACGUUUCCCUUCCAUUUGAUAACUUCUACAAAUUGACAGAGGAAAUGACAAAACAGUGCGCGGGAUUGGCUAAACGGGUUAUUUCGUAUGGCCAUCUUGGCGAUGGAAACAUUCAUUUGAAUAUCUCUGCUGAAAAAUCAACGCCUGAAUUAUACGCCAAAAUGUAUCCAUAUGUUUACGAAUGGGUCACCAAACACGGUGGAUCGAUUUCUGCAGAACACGGAAUCGGACUCGUCAAGCUUCCAUAUUCCCAUUUCGGCAAACAACCGGAAGAGCGCGAAUUGAUGAGAAGACUCAAGGAUUUGUUCGAUCCAAAUGGCAUUAUGAACCCAUACAAGUUCAUCUAA